AUGGCUGAUCACGACGCUGGCCAUGGCUUCGGCCCAAGAGCCCAUCACGACCGUCACAACUCCCAGGCUACCAGGCUCCCCAGAAGGAGAACUGUCCAACCCGAUCCCUACGAUGCCGCCCCUGGCAUAUGUCGAAUCUGCCGCAGCGAGGGCACCCCGGACGAGCCGCUCUUCUACCCGUGCCGAUGCAGUGGCAGUAUACAGCAUGUCCACCAGGACUGUCUGAUGGAGUGGCUGUCGCACUCGCAGAAGAAAUACUGUGAGCUGUGCAAGACACCCUUCCGCUUCACCAAGUUUUACAAUCCCAAUAUGCCACACACCCUCCCCAUCACUGUCUUCGCCCGCCAGGUCGGUCGAUAUGUUCUCGGGAGUAGUCUUAGUUGGCUCAGGGCUAUUGUGGCCCUCUCGUUCUGGGUUGUGGGCCUGCCGUGGUUCAUGAGAUGUGGCUGGUCCGCCAUGCUCUGGCUUAGCCAGGAGAGCUGGUCUGGGAGCUCCGUCGCCGCCACCACCAUCGAGUCUGAAGGCUCGAUCAUUUAUCUGUCCUCCACAAUGAUCGGCUUCGACAUGUGCCCGGCCAGUCCGCUGUUUGCCCCUACCAUGACUCCGGCAGCCGAGGUCGCUAGCAUGCUGGGCUGGUGGGCCAACCAGACCGUCACUCAGUUCUUCAUUCACUGCCUCUUUUGGAUGGUCGGCGUCCCUUCGCCUUCGCUCGUCUCCGCCAUCACUGGACCCCCGGUUGUUGUCGAGCCUGCGCACCCCCAGCUCGAUGAUGAUGCUGACUUGGAAGAUGACCUGUCCGAUGGCGAGCCUACGCCGGCUGAAGAGCAACUUGAUACGCACGCACCCGAAGUCUUCGAAAAUGUAAACGGCUUUGGUGCACCGGCCGCCCACGAGACGAUUCGGGACUACCAUGGUGACCACGGCCACAGUCCCGGCAAUGUGUUUGAAUAUGACGAGGAGCCCACUGUCAGUGCUGCAAACUUUCCCCAGGGCUGGGCAGAGGACACGUCGGUUUACCGCAGGCAAAGCGAUGAUGAUGCCUCGACCGAUGCUGCCUUUACCCCGAAUCACUCGCAGAGCGAUGGCACCGACCACGAUCAGGGCUCGUCAUCGGGAGAGCCCAAGGGCAAGGAGAGGGCUCAGGACGUUGUUGCCACGCUUGAUCCGUCGGAGCCAUCCUCGUCGGCUGAUGUCGGAGCUGGUCCUUCCCGGCCACGCUCCGUUUCUGAUGGCCCUCAGAUGCACAGCAGCAUCAACCCGCUCGCCAACAAUACUUGGUCUUUUGCUGCUGUCUACGAGCCCCACAACCAAGAGCCCCAGAGCGAAGAGCUGCCGCAGUGGCCUGGAUCCGACGCUCCAGUGCCAGAGACACUUCACGAGGAUGAAGCUCCUCAGCCGGCCCCUGUACCCGACAAUAGCAACAUGACCAAUUCCGAACACCACGACCAUAGUGCUUCUGUAGUCAAUGCAGGGACCUCAUCGGCAACAGAUCCGGGACCUGCUGCUGCGCCAGAACAGCCGAAGCCCCUGACGGAGCGUGUGACGGAUUUCAUGUGGGCUGAUAUUGGAGAUCCCGACCAUGGCUUUGCCGGUACAGGCGCCGAUGACCACGAGACCGACGAUGACCAGUGGCUUGAUGUGCCCAUGGACGAUAGAGACAACGGGCUCAACAUGGCUGAUGCUGCUGCCGAGUUCGAAGUCGACGAAAAUGAUGUUGCUGGUCUGGACCCGGGACGGGACGCUGAAGUUGUUGAGGACAUGGAGGAUUUCGAGGGCAUCAUGGAACUACUGGGGAUGCGAGGGCCCGUGACCAACCUGUUCCAAAACGUCAUAUUCUGCGCUGUUCUCGUACAAGCCGCCUUGUUUGUCGGUAUCUUUAUCCCCUUUAACGUUGGGCGCGUUUCGCUGUGGUUCAUUGCCAGGCCGACACGCCUCAUCCUCAUGAUGUACGAGAUGUCCAAGGUUAUUCAGGAUCUCACCUUUGCCUUCACUGGAUUCCUCAGCUGGGCCGCCUUCAACUUGGUGGACAUGCUGACGAGCCACCUCGGCGGCCCCGUGGCUAUCCAGGUCCUGGCCGGCCGUAAAGCCUCGUGGGGCUUCUUUGCCGGGGCGGUAAACAGGAUAGUCGUCGUAUUUGACCUGCUGUCGCAGGAACUGGCGGUGCCCGGGUCGGGGAUGCAGUUGUGGUCUGCCGCUAGCCACGAGGCCCUCAUGAACAUCCAAGAGUUCAUCAUCUCGGCCGUCAUGUCUCUCGGCUCUGUCCUGUCCCCCCGCGGCAUCCUUCGCCUCAUCAUUGAAGCCCCCUAUUUCUUCGGUAAGACCCUGGAGCGUAUCUCCAUCGCCAUGUCCAAGCCCGGCGGCCUGGUUGUCAACCUUACGCCCGCCUACACCGCACCCCCCGUCAGUCUCGAUAAUGCCCACUGGUCCGCUAGUGACCUGACGUGGGCUAUCCUCACGGGCUACGUCACCAUGCUCGCCAUCGCAGCCCUUUACCUCAAGACGGGCAUCCGCUUUGCUCGCGGCACCUCCCUCGAGGACUGGGAGGUCGGCCUCAUUGACACGCUACACCAGGCUAGCGGGAUCCUCAAGGUCAUCACCGUCAUUGGCAUCGAGAUGCUCGUCUUCCCGCUGUACUGCGGUCUGCUUCUCGACUGUGCGCUCCUACCCCUCUUUGCGGGGGCCACCGUCACCUCCCGCCUGCAGUUUACGUACAAUAAUCCGUGGACGUCGUUGUUUGUCCAUUGGUUUGUCGGGACAGGCUACAUGUUUCACUUUGCUCUGUUUGUGUCCAUGUGUCACUUCAUUCGCGACCCUGAUGAUCCUGAAUUUCAUCCCGUACGAGAUGUUCUCGAGAGAAACCUGACGACACAACUCCGCAAGAUCCUGUUCUCGGCCUUUGUCUACGGAGCACUAGUCAUUGUAUGUCUUGGCGGGGUCGUCUGGGGUCUGGCCUACGCCGCUCCCGGUGUCCUCCCCAUUCACUACUCGUCCAACGAGCCGGUUCUCGAAUUCCCCGUCGACUUGCUCUUCUACAACUUCUUCAUGCCACUCGCAUUCAGAGUGUUCAAACCAGGUGAUGCGCUCCAUUCCAUGUAUAGCUGGUGUUUCCGCAAAAGUGCGCGCAUCCUGCGACUCACCUAUUUCCUCUUUGGCGAGCGUCGCAUCGAUGAGGAGGGCACACUCCGACUACCUGAUUCCUCGCCCUACCGGGAUUCUGCACCCUACCGACUGCCAUUCCUCGGCCUGGACGAAGAUAAGAGGAACGUAAUUCCCAAGUCCCUGAUUGACAUCCUCGACGGCGUUGAGACGGGCCCCGAUAGUUCCUUUGCCUACGCGAACAAGCACCUGAGGCGUAGAAAGGCCCGCCUCGUGGAAACUGGCCAGCUCGUUCAGGAUGGACGCUUCGUCCGCGCACCCGCCUCCGACCGCAUCAAGAUACCCAAAGGCAGAAAGGUCUUUCUUGAAGUCAACGAAAGUGGGCGACGUAUCGACGGCAAACCCGAUGAAGGGCUCUACGCUUCUGGUCAAUUCAAGAUGGUCUAUGUGCCGCCGCACCUUAUCCCGCGCGCUUUCCUGUUCAUCCUUUUCAUCUGGACCUUUGCCGCCGUCACCGGGGUGGGCUUGACUGUGAUCCCCCUGAUCUUAGGCAGGGCUAUGUUCAAGGCUGCGUUGCCGGACCAUGUGAGGACCAACGACAUAUACGCAUUCUGCAUUGGUGUGCACGUCUUCGUAUUUGCCGCCUACGCCAUCUCCCACGGCCGGCAGCUGUGGGCCAACGUUCGAUCCUUAUGGCUCGCGGGUAUGCACGCAAAGUCGUCGGAGAGGGUAACGAUGUGUGUGCAGUCGGUCGCCUGGGCGGCCAAGCUCUUGUACGCCUACACGUUCAUCCUGUUCAUCUGCCCGCUCGUUCUCUCGGCUCUGGUGGAGCUGUACAUCAACAUGCCUCUGCAUACGCUCAUGAAUCCACCUUCGGCGCGGGACUUUACGGGCCAGACGGGACACGGACACCACAAGAUCCGCAUCAUCGAAGCGUGGACCCUAGGCCUCCUAUACCAGCGUCUGGCAGCCAAGAUGAUUUCUAGCCUGUACUACCACAGCCGGUUCUGCAUGGCGAUGCGGGCGGUCCUCCGGCGCGGCUGGCUAGACCCGGACAUUGGCAUUCUGACGCGGGCGUUUGUCAUUCCCGGCACAGCAUUCUCGCUGGUGGCGGUGCUGGGCCCCGCGGCGCUCGCCAACCUGGUUGAGUCGCAGUUCGCGUCGCUGCUGAGCAGCGGUAACGGCGGCCACGGCCCCAAGGAGAUGGCAUCGCGCGUCAUCAGGCACAGGCAGGCAUACCCCUUCGUGGCGGUACUAGCCAUGCUCACGCGGCAUUUUGUCGUCAUGAAGGGUGGGUUUGACACGCUCAAGGCGCAGGUGCGUGAUGAUGCGUACCUCAUGGGUGAGAGGCUGCAGAAUUACGAUGGGCCUCCCUCGGAUACGAGGACGGCAAAGGCGCAGAGGCAGGUUGCCGGUAGAGCUGCUGCAAUGCUCUAA